CUCCUGCAUCAUCCACACCUACUGCCACUUCUUUGUCACUGUAUUCACCGGUUCGCCAUUGGCAACUUCUUCAUUUCAAAAAGAACGAAAAUGAGUUUCAGGAUUUGAUUGAUCGUCAUCAUGGGUCGAAAGAAGACGAGAGCAAAACGACGUAUCCUCAUUAAGAGCUAUGACGAGGAGGAGGAAGACAAGGUGGUCAUUGAGGAAGUUGUUGUAGUGCCCAGUCUCAUGGAGAACUGCAAGGAUCAGGAAUCUGAUAAUUUGGUUGAAGUUUUCGGGACUGACAUGGGAGAAGCGAGCGAUCCGCAGAUUGAGAGUUUUGAGGAGGAUUUUGAAGAGGUGGAUACUAUAGUUAGUGCUGUCAUGGAAAUAGAUGUCAAAGUGAAACAAGAUGUAAUUGAGAAGGAUGGAAACAAUGAGAACGCUAAAGUUAAUGUGAAUUUGGGUUCUCAAAAUACUUGGGGAUAAAGUGUGAAAAUUUCAACAAUACAGAUGCCAAUUGAAGUUAAGAGCUCAAAUCUCAAUGGAGGAUUGUCUGCGGAGGAAAAGAAUAUGAAUGUUAGUACCUAGAUAAAUCAAAUAUGGGUUCAAGU